CAGUCGGCGUCCAAUUCUCCUCCAUCAAUGGCGGGCGAAUCUCUACAGUUGAACGCUACACGGACAAGCGGGGCUGCUGGUGUUUUUCUUACCAACAGUCAUACUUAACUCAUUGCAGGUGAUGAGGAUCGCGAUUAUUAAACGGAUUUAUUUGCAGAAUAAGCGUACUUGCAUCCGGCAAUGGCGCUCAAACCACGCAGCAUCCAGUAUCGGGUUUCCUCCUAACGAACCUUCAGUUUCAAACCAUCAAUUGUUACUCCGUUCUCUGGAAGAAUGCAAGUUUUCAACUAAUUCAACAUCUGUUAGUGGAACACAUGCAAGAAUCAUUAAACUCGGGUACCAGACAUGCCCAUCUCUCACAUCACUUCUAGUUACUACAUAUCUAUCUUUCAAUCUUCUCUCUUUUGCUCAUCAAUUACUUAAUGAAGUUCCUUAUCACAAGUUCAAUAUAGUUUCAUGCAAUUUGAUCAUUGCAAGUUUCAUGAAAAUGGGAGAUAUUGAUAUUGCCAAGAAAAUAUUCCGUAAAAUGCCCAAACGAGAUUUAAUAUCCUGGAACUCAAUGAUAGGAGGUUUUGUUAAGAAUGUACAAUUUCAAGAGGCAUUUGGGAUCUUCAGAAAGAUGUUAAGUUCAAACAUAGAGCCAGACAAAUUCACAUUUUCAUCCAUAAUCACUGCAUGUGCUCGUGUUGGAGCUUUAGACCAAGCUAAAUGGAUACAUGGUUUGCUAACCGAAAAAAGAAUUGAACUCAAUUUUAUUCUGAGUUCUGCACUUAUAGACAUGUACUCAAAAUGUGGUAGAAUUGAAACAUCAAAAGCAAUUUUUGUAAGUGUAAGACAUGAUCAUGUUUCUGUUUGGAAUGCCAUGAUCAAUGGUCUAGCAAUGCAUGGUCUUGCCAUGGAUGCCAUUGAAACUUUCUCAAAGAUGGAAGCUAACAAUUUUUUACCAGAUCAAAUUACUUUCAUUGGAAUCUUGACUGCAUGUAGCCAUUGUGGUUUGACUCAACAGGGGCGUGAGUAUUUUGACCUAAUGAGAACAAAAUACAAGAUUAAACCACAACUUGAACAUUAUGGAUCAAUGGUUGAUCUGUUUGGGCGAGCUGGGCUUCUAGAAGAAGCUUAUGAAGUGAUUCAAGAGAUGCCAAUGGACCCUGAUGUUGUUAUAUGGAGGGCAUUUCUUAGUGCAUGUAGAACACAUAGAAAUCUUGAGUUGGGUGAAUUUGCAGUUGCAAAAAUAUCAAAUCUUGAUAGUGGAGAUUACGUGUUACUCUCAAACACAUAUUGUUCAGUUAAUAAAUGGGAUAAAUCUGAAAAAGUGAGAAGUAUGAUGAAAAGGAAUGGUGUUAAUAAAAGUAAGGGAAAAAGUUGGAUUGAAGUUAAUGGAGUCAUUCAUCAAUUUAAAGCAGGAGAUAAAUCACAUUCUGAAACGGAAUCAAUCUACAAGGUUCUAGAAGCAUUGAUUGGGCGUAUUAGACAUGCAGGAUAUGUUCCUGUUACAGAAUUGGUUUUAAUGGAUAUAUCUGAAGAGGAAAAGGAAGAGAAUCUGAAUUAUCAUAGUGAAAAGUUGGCAUUGGCUUAUGGGAUACUAAAAUCAAGCCCUGGAUCUGAAAUUAGGGUUUCAAAGAAUUUAAGGACAUGUCUUGAUUGUCACUCUUGGCUGAAAUUGGUUUCUAAAGUAUUGAAAAGGGUAAUUAUUGUAAGGGACCGGGCCCGCUUUCACCACAUAGAAGAUGGUGUUUGUACAUGUGGCGAUUAUUGGUAACUUUUUGCCUCCAUAAAUUUCUGGAAGUUGACUCUCAUCAAUGUCU